AUGGAGUUUGUACAGCAUUUGGUGAAGUUGGGAGGUAGUGCGGUGUCCGUGGAAGUGGGUAAGCGGCCAAAGUACAUAUGUAGGGAGAUUGGCCAGUUGUGUAAGGAGUUGGGUGUGCCAGUAUAUGGGGUAGGCGGCAGUGAGGAGGAGCUGGAGGAGGAAGAGGAUAUGCAGGAGGACGAGGAUAUUUUCGCUGACGUGGCUACACCGGCGAACCUACCGUGGUCACCCCAGAGCCUCGCCUUGGGGAGGUCGCGACUGCUGAUCGGUACACUGGGACCGGAACCGACUGAGCGGGGUCCCUUAUUCUUGAACGAGAGCGGCGCGUUGCUCAAGGAAGAGGAGCUGAACGCGUUGGGUGUGCGACAAAUCACCACCUUCGAAGCAAUGCUGCGGUCGAAGAUUCUGACCGAGUGCCAAUCCAAGGCGGACCCCAUACCGCGACAAACUCUCCCUCCAGCACUGGUCCCAGUACCGGCCGCCACAACCAACCGGGCCUACGACGCCUGUGACGGUCGGCGGGCAACCCACAGUCUCCUCUCUCCUACUAAUGGCGCCCAAAUCAUCGGCGUCAAACUCGACCAGGUACACUGCCUGAAAAGCGCCACACGCGUGCCCUACACGGUGCAAUUCGACACCGUGCCCAACUGCCCAGACGCUAGCGAUACUCGGCGGCGACAGAACGUAAUUCUCAAGUACAAUGACGACAUCAGACACGAUAUGCUUGUCCACCAGGUCGCCACCUUCAUGAACUCUGUCUUUGCUCGCACCGGCCUCCCCCUGCGCCUCAUCACCUACAAAUGCAUUCCCUACGUGCUACUCACGCCCAACCUCUCCGGGUCUUUGGGUGCCGCCGGAGGCGCGGUUUCUGCCAACAACUUGAGCGCCGGCUCAAGUGGGGCGCAGCGGACCUCUACAACCAAACAAAGCGCCGUCUCCUGCUGCCAAGGCGGCGUGAUUGAGAUGCUGGAGAAUUGCAAGAGCCGUCAUGAGAUCGGCACUCGAUAUAGCCUCACCUUGGACGGGUACUACUCCAAGUUCUACUCAGGCCAAUCGCUCGAACAAGCUCGCUGGAACUUCACGACCAGCCUGGCAGCAGCCAGCCUACUUACCUUCUUACUACAGAUCAAAGACCGCCAUAAUGCCAACAUUCUCCUCACACAUGACGGCUUCCUAGUUCACAUCGAUUUCGGGUUCAUACUUGAUUUUGCGCCGGCUCACGACCUCAAAUUCGAACGGGCCCCCUUCAAGCUCACCAACGAAAUGAUUGGACUCAUCGACGGCGGCAGCCAAGGAUCCAGCGGCAGUCUCCUGCUGAGACAACUUAUUGUGCACGGAUAUCUUGCCCUCAGGGUUCACAGGGAGGAGUUAGUUCUACUCGUUGAAAGCUACAAGCAUGCCCACUUGAAAGGAUUCAAACCACACACCAUCAAUAGAUUAAAAGAGCGCUUGCAAUACGACAAAAGUGAUCGUGAAGCGACGGAGUACAUUCUGAGACAAACACGGGCAGCAGUAAAUGCUCUCACGACCAAGCUGUACGAUGUGUUCCAAGCUGUCCAGCAAGGUAUAGCCUUCUAG